AUGAGGAACAAGGGCUCGGGAUUCCUGCAGCACAUCCUCGGCUUCCUCGCCAGCGUCACCAAGGCCAAGGCCCUGGCCCUCAAGAGCAAGACCAACGCCCUCAAGGCCCGCCUCCUCCUCCUCUCCCUCCUCCGCAACCGGCCCCUCGUCGUGGACUCCAUCUCCCACAAGCUCCGCAACCUCCUCGGCCCGCGCCAGCCCGGCGGCAGCCGCGGCGACGGCGACGGCGCGGUCGUCGUCUACGCCGACGGCAUGGCCCGGGAGCUGGCCCGCGGCGAGCUCGUCGAGGUCGGUGGGGCCGGCGGCGAGGAGGACAAGUACCCCGAUCUGGCGCAGUCGCUGUCCGAGCUGGAGGACCUCGAGGACCGCGGGGGGUCGGUGAUCGAUCAGGUGAAGAACUCGAAGCAGGAGGGGGAGGACUUCGUGCUGGAGAACGAGAUCGACCGCGUGGCCGACCUGUUCAUCCGGCGGUUCUACCGCCAGAUCAUGAUGCAGAAGCAGCUCUCGCUGAAGCGGUUCAACGAGGCGCUCGACCGGAGCCCGUAG